AUGGCGAGUUCUCAUAUUUGCUCAUGUUUUGGCAAAUUCCAGCCACGUUACAAACGCUUGGUAGAUAACAUUUACCCUGCCGAUCCACGCCAAGGUUUAGUGAAAGCAAAUAUGGACAAGCUAAUAUUUUACGCUCUUUCUUCGCCCGAAAAACUAGACAGAAUCGGGGCAUACUUGGCGAAGAAAUUAAACAGAGACGUAGAGCGUAGAAGAUUUGGACUUGUGUUCAUUACGGUGGAAGCCCUUGAUCAACUUUUGUUGGCAUGUCAUGCACCUAACUUGAAUUUGUUUGUCGAGAGCUUUUUGAAAAUGGUACAGAAAUUGCUUGAAAGUUCAGAGACUGAUUUGCAAGUUCUCGGCAGCACCUCUUUUGUAAAGUUUGCAAAUAUCGAAGAAGACACUCCCUCAUAUCAUCGGCGUUACGAUUUUUUUGUUUCAAAAUUCAGUGCGAUGUGUUGGUUCAGCUCUGGAAGUAAAAACGACUGUUCUAGAAUUCGUCUAGCUGGUUUAAAGGGCUUGCAGGGUGUUGUUCGAAAAACUGUCUCAGAUGAUCUCCAAGCCAACAUUAUGGAUGAUACUCACAUGAGUAAAAUCAUUCCUUCUUUGCUAUUUGUCAUGGAAGAGAGUGGAAAAGUUAAACUGUCAAGUACUGAAGAUAUACAGGGCUCCAAUACUGAGGAAGAUCCAGCUUCUCUUGCAGAAUCCUGCCUGCGGGAAUUAAUUAACAGAGCUAGUUUUGGAAACAUCAAAUCAAUUGUUAAUCCAGCUCUGACCCAUUUUGACAAGAGUGAGCUAUGGGUACCCAAUGACUUUGCUCUCAAGGUAUUCAAGAUUAUUUUGUAUUCAGUGCAGAAUCAGUUUAACUACAUCAUUAUUGAGAAGCUCCUUUCUCAUCUGGACGAUCACAUUAGAGACAGAGCGAAAGUAAAAGCCAGCAUUGUUCAAGUGCUAGCUGCUUGUGUUUCAAUUGCCAGCAACAGCUCCAUUGGUCCAGCAGUGUUAGAAGUCUUCAACACACUUCUCCGUCAUCUGCGUUCAUCCAUAGAUGCCAGAUUUCAUGGUGCUAAACACGGUGAUUCUACUGAUGAUGAUGAUGAUGAUGAUGAGAAAGAAUUUGAGGAGUCUCUAGUCAGCACAGUGGGAGCAUUUGCCGCAGUUUUACCUGACUUUCAGAAAACAGAUAUUAUGAUGUUUAUCAUGGGAAAGUUUCCAUUUGUUGACAGAAUUCAAGCUUCUGGGCACCAUCUAACUCAGGAAAAUCACAAUCAUGCAAAGAUCUCAGGAGACAGUGUUCUCCAAAAGAUGCUUUUGCAGUGUCUGCAGAGUGUUGCUUUAAGUUUCACCUCGGUCUCAUUGGCUACCACCUUCUCUCCAACAUUUCUUGAGUCAUUGCUUCAAGCCACUAUUGUUCAUGAUUUUUCAGUAAGAAGACUUGCUCAAGAGAUUCUCUACACAUUGCUUGAUCGUCAUGGUAAUGCUAAAAAGCUUGGUUGGAAUGGAGUCUUAACUAGAGGUCAAGAGACUGAAUUGACAGUGGUAGACUGCUCCAAACAGGACCUCAUUUUUUUCAAGAAGAACAAAGAUGAAAUGUUGUGGUAUUUGUAUGAAAGUGCCUGCAUGAUUACAAACUCAGUAGAAAAUUUUCUUGCUAUCUUUUUGACCUUGGGGGUUAUUACUACAGAAGUAGCCAGUGACUUUGAAGUUGUUUCAAGUUUAGUGCAGUUUGUGUUUGGCUUACAAAGUGUUGCCCUAGAUGAUAACUUACUUUUACCAAGCAUGAACCGCUGUGCUCUUCAUUCCCUUGUAGCAGGGUAUCUCCACCUAGUUGCCCUCCUUACAGGAAUUCAAGGCUUCAAAGAUUAUGUUUCACACAUAAUCCAGCUGAGAGAAAAAGAAGCAGACUUUUUAACUCCAGAAGGAUCUCUGAAGGUAAUGGGCAAUCAUAUCGUUCUUUCAGCUCAUAGCAUCCCUAAACAUCUCCUUUUUGACAUUUCCAAUGUCAGAGAAGUUCUUCAUAAAGUAGGAUCUGAUGGCCGAUCACUAAAGGCACCUUACAAACAUCAGCCAUUGAAGGAUGUUCUAAAUCACCGGCUGGAAGGUGGAUCUGUGGUAUCAGAUAUUAACAAUGAUCUUGAUGGAAAUCCUCCCAGUUCACCUGGGAUACACUCCCUAGCCCCAAAGGAGAGAAUAACAUUUCAAAUGCUUAAAGACAUUGUUUCAGAAAAGUCAGUGAUGACCUUAAACAAGAAAGAAAAGGCUGGUGUAGCAUCAAGUUUUUCGGAAAUCGCAGGUGAAUCAUGUACAAGAACACAAGAGUUCAAUUCAAAGGUGUUGUCAGUAUUGGAUGCCCUGAACACCCCACUUCAAUCAAGAGCAUUGAGUAUGUCAACACAGAGCUUGUCUUCAAAUCCCAGUGAGGAGUUCUACAUUAUGAAAUUUCCAGGACAGUAUGUUUAUUAG